CCCUGUGUAGCUUUUUUUUCAGUUUCAGUUGACAGAAAACACGCGCGGCGAACAGACCGUCACACCAGAGCUAUGACUAAAGCCAGAGCAGACGAAUGUGUAAUUACGUUGCCGCUGGGCAAGAUCAAGGGCGUGAAGCGUGAAAGCCUGUACGAUGAUACGUACUACAGCUACGAGCGGCUGCCCUUUGCCAAGCCCCCGAUUGGCGAGCUGCGUUUCAGGGCCCCCGUGCCCGUAGAGCCGUGGACUGGUGUGCUGGACUGUAGCCACUAUGCGGAGAAGCCAGUGCAAAAGAAUUUCAUGACACAGGUGAUCGAGGGCAACGAGGACUGCCUGUAUCUGAAUGUCUAUGCCAAGCCGAGCGAAAAACCUCUGCCGGUCAUGGUCUACAUUUACGGCGGGGCCUUCACCGUGGGCGAGGCCACACGCGAAUUAUAUGCUCCUGACUAUUUUAUGGCCAAAGAUGUUCUGUUGGUGACUUUCAAUUAUCGUGUGGACUGCUUGGGUUUUCUGUCCCUCACGGAUCCCAGUCUCAAAGUUCCAGGCAAUGCGGGGCUUAAGGAUAUGGUACUGGCUCUGCGAUGGGUCAAGAAAUACAUUUCCCACUUUAAUGGCGAUGCCGAAAAUAUAACGGUCUUCGGCGAGAGUGCCGGCGGAUGCUCCACACAUUUCAUGAUGUGCACAGAGCAGACGCGAGGACUCUACCACAAAGCCAUACCGAUGUCGGGGACCGUCCACAACUACUGGGCGAAUACCGCGAGAUCGGACUUUGCCUAUCGCUUGGCCAAACACCAUGGCUACACGGGUGAGAAUGUGGAUGCACAGGUGCUCGAGCAUUUGCGAGGGGUGCCGGCAUUGGAGCUAGUUCGCCACAGUUUGUUAACGCCCGAGGAUCGCCGGAAUGGUAUGCUCUUCCCCUUUGGACCCACGAUAGAGUCGUAUGUGGGUGAGGACUGCGUGGUGCCCAAAUCGCCAGUGGAAAUGGCCCGCGAGGCGUGGACCAACGAGCUGCCUGCAAUGCUGGGUGGCACAUCGUUUGAGGGUCUCUUUAUGUAUCCCGCUGUGGCGGCUAAUCUCAAGGGUUUGGAUACCUUAAGCCAGGAUCCCCUGAAAAUGGUCCCCCAUGAUGUGCGUUUGAUUAGUACGGAGAAGGAGAAUCUGGAGUACAGCGAGAGAAUGCUCAAGAUGACCUUUGGCGAUGCUACACCAAGCUCUAAGCUUUUUAUGAAUAUGCUGGAUUACUAUUCCUAUAAGGUCUUCUGGCAUGGCUUGAAUCGCACUUUGCAGGCCAGAUUCGCCUAUGCCCGUGCCCCAACAUAUUUCUAUCGCUUUGACUUUGAUUCCCCGAACUUUAAUUUCUAUCGUAAGAAAUUCUGCGGCGACAACAUACAGAAAGGCGUUGCCCAUGCCGAUGACCUGAGCUAUUUGUUCCGUAACUCUGAAUCCUGGAAACUGGAGAAAACAUCAGGGGAAUAUCGCACCAUUCAGAGAAUGAUUGGCAUUUGGACGGCAUUUGCUGCCAAUUCCAACCCGAAUUGUGCCGAAAUUAGCGAAGUGGACUGGCAGCCAGCGAAAAAGUCGGCGCCCAAGCGUGUGGUCAACAUAAGUGAGGAUGUUAAGAUUGUGGAUCUGCCGGAGUAUGAGAAACUUCUUGUGUGGGAUAGCAUUUAUAAGCCAGAGAAUUUAAAAUUUUACGAAAUGGCUACGCAAAACGCUGUUGGCAUUAAUCCACGUCCUCUGGAGGAUCAAGGCACUGGACAGCUGCUGAUGGAACUGAAGAACCUGGUACUGUGGCGCAACUUUCUGCGAACACUGUUUGUUUUUACGAUCAUUCUGAUCCUGUUGGUGGACACAAUAAGCCAUUCGGCAAUCAGUGUGGUGAGCAUGUUGGCCAUCACCAUCAUCCUUGGCGCCAUGGGGUAUCGCUUCUUCGUGGAGGUCCUGGAAUUGUGGAACAGAAGGAACAACAAUGAGGAAUACUAUUCGUAUCGGUUCCAUGUUUUGAUGACAUGCAACAUACCAGAAGAGGAGACAAUGCGUCUGGCCGGAGUGGCUGUCGUGAAGUUGAAUGCAUUCAUUAACAAAAUGAUUGGGCUGCUGCUUGUGGAGGAUCUGCAAGAAUCGUUGAAGAUGUUGGCCGGACUGUGUUUAAUUAAUAUGCUUGGGGAUUACUUGAAUUUCAUGAAUCUGCUGUUGAUGGGUCAUAUUUUGGUAUUUACUUUGCCAAAGUUGUACGAUCUAAAGAAGACAGACUUUGAUAAGUUGCUGAUCAAAAUAGGAUUUAUUCAAAGCCAAAAAGAAGAUGAAGAUGAAGUCCACUUCCAGGACGCUGAACCCCCGACUUGUGAAUCCAACAAGCAAAACAUUGAAGAACCUAAAGAGGACACCAUUAAGGAACAAAAUACAACUGCAAAUUUUGAAAAUAUUCCGCAGAAAGAACAAGAUUUGAAGCUCUUUGCGAUGUUUGAGGAGGGGCAUGACCCUGACUGCAGCUGUGCCGAGUGUAACGUCUUGGAUGUGACACUGGUGGCCAACCAAGACAUAGCCCCUAAGAAACAGAAGAAAGAAAAGAAUGUGGACUUCUUGGAUCAUACCUACAGCCCUGACUGUUGUAACCACAAAAAGUAUCUGCAGUUGGUGUGCAGGUCUCUCCGUCUUACUCCCAGACGUAGUUAUGCUGAAACAAAGAUCGUGGAUCUGCCCAUGGGCCGUGUGAAGGGUCGCCGACAGUGUGGCAUUUAUGGCGAUCCGUUCUUCAGUUUUGAGGGCAUUCCCUUUGGCAAACCACCGCUGGCUGAUCUCCGUUUUGUGGCCCCAGAGCCCGCAGAUCCAUGGGAGGGUCAGGAGCUAGAUGCCCAACAGGAAAGGGACAUACCCCUGCAGAUGGAGUUACUUGGAGGCAGCACCAUUGGCAGUGAGGAUUGCCUUUACCUGAAUGUCUACACCAAGCACUUCGAUAAAACAAAGCCUCCUCUUCCCGUCAUGGUCUAUAUCUAUGGUGGUGCCUUUCGCACUGGCGGUGCCACGCGGAAGAAGUACGGCCCGGAUUAUUUGAUGUCCAAGGACAUUGUGUACGUGAUCUUCAACUAUCGGCUGUGCGCUCUCGGAUUUCUCAGUUUGCCCAGCAUCGAAUCGAAUGUCCCCGGCAAUGCGGGACUGCACGAUCAACUGCUGGCUCUCAAGUGGAUCAAACAGCAUAUUCAGCACUUCAAUGGCGAUCCGGAGAACAUCACGCUUUUCGGCGAGAGCGCAGGGGCUGUGGGGGUGCAUUUCAUGAUGUGCCUGCCGCAGGCCAAGUGCCUCUUCCAUAAGGCCAUUAUGAUGUCUGGCUCGAUGCUGAAUCCGUGGGCACAGAUCCCGGGUCGAGCCAGUUUGUACUGCCAAUUGGCACUGGCUGCUGGCUAUGUGGGACCACGCAGGGAGAAGGAUAUGCUGCGGUACCUUCGCUGGGUGGAGGCCAAGAAAUUGGUGCAGUACGCUCUUAAUGCCUACACCUUUCACGAUCGAUGCUCUGGCUUUCUCUAUCCGUUUGUGCCGGGCGUGGAAGAGGCCCAGUGUGAGAGGGGUCUGGUCCAGAAGCCAUAUCUGGACAUGAUGAGGGAUGCCUGGUCCACAGAGGUUCCCCUGUUGCUGGGCGGCACCUCCUUCGAAGGAUUGGUCUUCUAUCCCUUCUGCAAGCUGAGCAAUGGCAUUAUGCUGGAUUACCUCAAACAGGAACCAUCAAUGGUGCUGCCCAAUGAACUGUUUCUCACGAUGUCCGAAGAGGUGCGCAAGGCUAGUGCUAAGGAACUAGUCAAAUAUCACUAUGGACCCCAAGGGAUAACCAAACAGAAUGUGAUGCAGACUCUGGAUCUCUUCAGCUACAAACUCUUCUGGCAUGGUAUACAUCGCGUUGUACGCUCUCGCUUGGCCCAUGCCCAGGCCCCCACCUAUCUGUACCGCUUCGACUUUGAUUCCUCGAGUUUUAAUCUAAUGCGAAAUCGCUUAUGCGGCGAUGACAUCAAGCGGGGUGUCUGUCAUGCCGAUGACAUGGGCUAUGUGUUUCACAAGAAGGGCGUACAGAAACUGCCCUUGGACUCUGCUGAAUAUCUCACUAUACAAAGGAUGGUGGGCAUUCUGACAGCCUUUGCGAAGACUGGAGAUCCUAAUUGUGCCGAAACGAAGUCGGAGCCCUGGUCACCCCUCACCGAAAAGAUGCCCUACAAGGCUAUGAAUAUAGGAUAUCAGCUAGAGUUUAUAACGCAGUACGAAAAGGAUGGCCUGGAGACCGUCCGUCCGUCGUCGAACAUGAACAAGAACCUCGGCUUUGUGGAGCGCCUCCGAUGGCGCCUCAAAACCAUCGAGCAUAAAGUCCAGCAGUAUCGCCAGACCACCAAUGAGACCAUUGUUGCCGACACCGAGUACGGCAAAGUGAGGGGUCUGAAGCGUCUGUCCAUGUACGAUGUGCCCUACUUCAGCUUCGAGGGCAUCCCCUAUGCCCAGCCACCCGUUGGCGAGCUGCGCUUCAGGGCCCCCCAGCGACCCACCCCGUGGGAGGGGGAAAGGGACUGUAGUCAGGCGAGGGAUAAGUCCGUCCAGGUGCAAUUCGUUCUCGAUAAGGUAGAGGGCUCUGAGGAUUGCCUCUAUUUGAAUGUCUAUACCAAUAAUGUGACCCCCGAUAAGCCACGCCCUGUUAUGGUUUGGAUACACGGCGGUGGCUUCAUCGUUGGCGAAGCCAAUAGGGAUUGGUAUGGACCGGACUACUUUAUCAAGGAAGACGUUGUUCUGGUGACCAUUCAAUAUCGCCUGGGAGCCUUAGGUUUCCUUAGCUUAAAGUCCCCCGAGCUGAAUGUCCCUGGCAAUGCGGGCCUCAAGGAUCAGGUGAUGGCUCUCAAAUGGAUCAAAAACAAUUGCGCCAACUUCGGUGGCGAUCCCAAUUGCAUCACAGUGUUCGGCGAGAGUGCCGGAGCUGCCUCCACCCACUACAUGAUGAUCACUGACCAAACGCAGGGUCUCUUCCAUCGCGGCAUCCUGCAGUCGGGCAGUGCCAUCGCCCCUUGGGCCUACAAUGGAGACAUCACCCACAACCCCUAUAGAAUAGCCAAACUGGCUGGCUACAAGGGCGAGGACAAAGACAAGGAUGUGCUGGAGUUUUUGCAGAAUGUAAAGGCCAAAGAUCUGAUACGUGUCGAGGAGAAUGUUCUAACGUUGGAGGAUCGCACGAAUAAGAUAAUGUUUGCCUUUGGCCCAUCGCUGGAGCCCUAUACAACCCCCGAUUGUGUGGUGCCUAAGCCUCCCAUCGAAAUGAUGAAGACCGCCUGGAGCAAUACCAUACCCAUGCUGAUAGGAAAUACAUCCUACGAGGGUCUACUGUGGCUGCCAGAGAUAAAAAUGCUGCCACAAACGGUGAAGCAGGUGGAUGCUGGCACUCCUUUCAUACCACGUGAAUUGCUUGCCACGGAGCCCUCAAAGGAAGCGAUAGAACUGUGGGGCUCGAAAAUACGCGAUGCACAUCGUACCGGGGAUGCCGCCACCGCCGAUAACUAUAUGGAUGUUUGUUCACUAUUUUACUUUGUUUUUCCUGCAUUGCGGGUGGUGCACUCUCGCCAUGCCCAUGCCGCUGGCGCCCCUGUGUACUUCUAUCGGUAUGAUUUCGAUUCCGAAGAGAUUAUAUACCCUUAUAGACUUAUGCGCUUUGGUCGCGGGGUCAAGGGUGUGAGCCAUGCCGACGAUUUGGGCUAUCAGUUCAGCAGCCUACUGGCCCGUCGUCUGCCCAAGGACAGCAGGGAAUACCGGAACAUCGAGAGAACCAUUGGCAUAUGGACACAGUUCGCGGCCACGGGCAAUCCCUAUAGCGAGAAGAUCAAUGGAAUGGAUACGCUGACAUGGGACCCAGUACGCAAAUCCGAUGAGGUCUUCAAGUGUCUAAAUAUUAGCGAUGAACUGAAGCAUAUUGAACUGCCCGAAUGGCCCAAACUGAAGGUCUGGCAGAGUCUUUACGUGGAUAAUAAGCAGCUACUCUUCUGAGGAGCUGGAACUGUGAGGCGAGGGUAUAUCUUAUAGCACUUCAGUAUCUGACAUAGACAGAUAUAAUAAAGAUAGUUAAAUGGAA